UAGGUGCUGGUGGUGUAGUGGUGGGAGGAAGUGACCCACAUUAGGCUCUUUAUUUAAACAUACCUGCUAUAAUGAACCAGCAUCUCUGGAGCAAAUCAUUCACAGACUUCAGCUUCAGGACAGAAGAUGCAGUGGCUGUCAGUGUUUCGCUAUACAGUAUAGAUGAACUGCAUUAAAACCUGACCAAUGGGCAGAAUAUGCAAUGUGAGAAAAAAAGACACUCCCUCUUUCAGGUUUCACUUCCUCAAGAACAAAGUUCAGUUAGGUCGGCAUGAAAAACUGAAACAGAAAAACAUGAACUUGAACGCUUCUAGAAAUCCAACAAAGCUAAAGUUUUCCUAAGAUCAUAUUCCGUUUGAGCUGAUUAGAGGAUUUCGAUUUGCACAGUGUUGUCUGCUAGUGCUGAAGGAGAAGUAACAUGUUUAAGGAAAUGCUCAGUUCCAUAAUCAGAACUGUCUUCUUCUUUUUUUCUUUUGUUUCAAAAAUAUCUUGACAAGAUGUCAUUGGGGAAGCUAAAUUAGAGCGUUUUGUCAUGGAGGAAGAACUAGAACCACAUGACACCAAGGCAGUGGACGCUAAAGAAGAAGUUUCUUCAGCUCCUGAAGGUUCCUCGCCUCAGCAGGAGAAGUCUUCCAGUAAUGCUGCAGAGGCAGGUGUGGGUUUUAGCGCCUCCUGUCUGACCACAGCUGAACUGCAGCAGCACUGGAGAGCCGUUAAGCAGGAGUUCAGAAGCGUUAAACUUCUGUUUGACAUCCCUACAACGCGAAUCAUCGAUCAGAAAAUCUCCAAAUAUGUGGUGUACCAGGUUGUGGUGAUCCGCUCAGGUAGUUACGACUGUGAGCGAGUAGCUAUCGAGCGACGCUACUCAGACUUCCUCCACCUUCAUCAGGAGCUCCUGCUGGACUUCAGCGAGGAAAUGGAGGACAUUGUGAUGCCCAGGAAGAAAAUGACACGCAACUUCUCAGAGGAGAACAUCGCUGAGCGGCGCGUUGCCCUCAGAGACUAUCUUACUCAGCUGUACUCCCUCCGUUGUGUCCGAAAAUCACAGGCGUUUCUAGCGUUCUUUACUCAUAAGGAAUUAAAAACUUCAUAUGACCUCCUGCGUGGGGGUCGCUUUUCCAGGGCCCUUGAGGGCCUUCAGAAAGUGUUGGUACUUCAGGAAAAACUCUCUUCUCACAACCCUAUUUUGGUGGUACCAACCUUGUGUGCCAUACUGGUGUGCCAAAGGGAUCUAGAAGACUUUGACGCAGCAUUUCAAACUGGCAGAAGAGCUCUGCCCACGGUGAGACGAUACGAGCUCCGGCAGUAUCAAGGGCCCCUGCUGGAGGCUCUUGUUGAUUUGGGCUACAGUCUUGGGCUGCCAGUGGCCCAGUUACAGGAGGAGCUGACCAGAAUACAAGACUCUCCAAAUGGGCUGGUGUCAGACAUGUCCCUUAAAGAACUGGUGGUGCAAGAGUUUGUAUAAUCCGAAACACCUGCAAUGUCGUUGUGUUUACUAUAAUCAUUAUUUGAUUAAUUCCCUAAUCCGAAAUAUUCAACUUCAGAGAGUUAACAGAAUAAUGAUUCUUACCUGAAAUAAUUUUUUUCCUAAAAAGAGUCCAGAAUUUCAUAGGGACAAAUGGCGUUUUUCCAUGGCAUGGUACGGCACGGCUCAGCUUGGUUUGAGUUUUCACUGAAGUUUAGUAUCGCUUUAGAUUGGGUAGGAUUAUUCCAAUGACGCUAUAGCUGCACCGCCUCGACUGGCAUGACUCCUUAAAAAGCCUUUCAUUCCAUGUCGCCCCAUUAAGCUCUCACUGGAUCUGCACCUUGGCUAUCAAUGAGAGGAAUGUCUGUACUUCCUCAACAGACCAUGAAACAGCCAUGUUGCGUUUGUUUCUUCGCGGGCUGUGCUGAUUUAAAUUUAGCGGGUCUGUUGUGUUUCCUGUCGCAAGUUUAAUGACGCAGGUAGGGACGAUUCUCUCCAGCCAAUCAAUGAACAGCAGAGUUUACACGUCAUGUUUUGGUAAUGGUACAGUUCACUUUGAACUUCAACCGAGGUGGUACUGAAAAAGUACCAGGUACCAGGUACUGUACCCAGUGGAAAACCCCCCAAAGGUGAACCGUAUCGUGCCGUACCAUGCAGUGGAAAAGCGCCAUUAGUGUGGACUGUCAUGACUUGGACCAUAAGAAACCAUCCAAUCACCCAGAAAAAAACACAUAACAUUAUGUCUCAUCCACACAUCAGUUCCCGAACACUGUAGACAUGAGGAAAGCCUGCUUUGACUUGGGAGAAUGUGAGUGUUCAACUGUAUUUAUGUUUUCAUGAGCCAUGUUCUUUUAUCUCAUAUUUCCGUUUGGAUUUAAUUGCACAUAUUUUACAUUCAUCUUGGAUAAUUGUGCAACUGUGAAAUU